AUGGAGAGCUACAAUUUUGCCGAUGAUCCAGGGCCAUCUUUCUGCAUUGGUCAUCAUGAGCAUAACAGACUGAUUACGGUGACCCCUCGGGUCAUUCAAAACGUACACGAGAGUAAUUAUGAUAUGAUGACUGUCCCGAUCACGGCAUCCCAUUUCCACUCGCGGGUUCUUGGGCUGCUAUCCUCUUAUUUGGCCAAUCUGGAAUCCCCGACUUACGAUGUUGUUGGAACCAUGGGUACUACCCAGAACACCCGGCCUGUGGUGGUUCCGCCGCUCUCAAAGGCAGACUCGUAUCUCACCCCGAAUGAUGCGACCAGUCAAUUGGUUGGUGUGAUCAGCAGCUGGAUUGAUUUAUGCUCACCUGACCCUUUGAUUGCAGACUUGUCCCGGCAAGUUCUGAUGUUGGAAGUUGCCUAUGCUGCAUUUUGCGGAAUUGGAUACCUUUUGGUUCCAGGCCCAAAGUUGCAUCACGGUUCCUUGCAUUCCGAGGGUGUAAUCUAUUAUGCACGCGCGAUUCAAGAUGCCUUAGACCUCGGCCCCUACAUCCAGUUCUAUAUUUGGCAGCGAAUGGUUGACAAUCCUGAGGACGAAGUUGACACAAUGGGCGACUUGGCACCGCUUGCUCGGGCAGAAUAUCUGGCGCCAGAUGGAACUCCACCCAAGAUCGAUCCGUUUGGAACUUGGGAGGCCUGGGACUCAAUUCGAAAGACUUGCAAAUACCACACAAGACUGCUCGUUGCCCUUUCCAUGCCGAAGCAGUUGCCGUCUCUGUAUGUGCAAUCCCGAUGGCAUUCGGAGCCUGUUCGUUUAUUGACGAUUGAUGGCUCCACCUUCCUCAAGAACCAGAAAGGAUACCCAGUCUUGUCCAGGGCACACCAAGGCUUGAUUGCGAAGAUGAUGCGUCUUCGAACUGCGCCGUGGAUUAUUCUCUGUGGCGUUGGUCCUAUUCCUGGACUUGAAAAUAUCGAAGACCCCGAUAAACAGCAGGCUUCGCUAUCUGGAUCUGACUAUCCAAGUCUGUCGCAGGCUGGCAAGAAGCAGCACUACGACCCCACUCCACACCUUUCUUAUAUUCGCAAUCUGCAGCAGCGCCAGCCCCCGCGGACAGCGAUUGAGCGGUUCGGUGUGGGAUACCAGGACUAUUUGCAAGCACCUCUACAGCCGCUGACCGUCAAUCUGGAGAGUAUUACAUAUGAAGUAUUUGAGAAGGACCCUAUCAAAUAUGAGUGGUAUGAGAAGGCCAUCUGCAAGGCGUUGAGGGACUGGGCGGAUCAGAAGAAGGCCACCUCCCACCCGGACGGAAAAGUGAUCCUCGCAGUUGUGGGAGCUGGUCGUGGCCCGCUAGUCACUCGCGCACUGAAGGCCAGCGCGGAUGCUGGAGUGGAGAUUGAUCUCUGGGCCGUGGAGAAGAACCAGAACGCGUUUGUGUUGCUACAGCGACACAACGACUCAAUCUGGGAUGGCAAAGUCACCCUGGUCCAAUCAGACAUGCGAAGCUGGAAAGGACCUCUGGUCCGACAGCAGUCGACUACGGCUGCUACGGGCCCUGUUGGCGACCACCAGGGUUCGACUAUGUGCCACACCCAUGUUGAUAUCCUCGUCUCGGAACUAUUGGGCUCCUUUGCUGACAACGAGCUUUCUCCAGAAUGUCUGGAUGGCGUGAACGACGUGAUCAACCCCGUCCAUGGAAUUUCUAUUCCUGCCUCAUACUCGGCACACUUCACCCCUGUUUCCGCUCCCAAAUUGCACGCUGAUGUCGUGCACCAGACGGUGUCUAACCCGGCCGCGCCAGAGACCCCGUACGUCGUGAUGCUUCAUGCUAUCGAUUUCCUCUCUACUACGGAUACGCCUGCCAGUAGUGAAAGCUCGAACCCCGGCAAUGGAAACCGGGCAUCCACCCCGUCGUCGUCAUUCUCCACCACUGAAUUUCCCACUCCCUUUGUACAGACCGCCUGGUCUUUCUCUCACCCGAACCGACACAUUCCUCCUCAAUCCCCCAUGCAGUCGACCAUCUCGAACGCCCACAAUGUGCGCCAAACACGCCUGGCCUUCCCUUCGCAGAACCGAGGUGUGUGCCACGGUUUGGCCGGCUACUUUGAAACAGUUCUCUACGGCGAUGUGGAGUUGUCUACCAACCCAGUGACCAUGGAUGCCAAGAGCGCAAGCAUGAUCAGCUGGUUCCCCAUCUACUUCCCCUUGAAGACCCCUCUUAGUGUGCCCGAGAAUGGUGAGAUUGUCGCCACGAUGUACCGUCAGACCGACGACCGCAAGGUCUGGUAUGAGUGGAUGGUCGAGGUUUAUGCCCUCGAACCAACCAUGGCAUCCAAACCCACCCCCGUGAGCUAUGCGCGGGCUGGGUCUCCCAGCGUGGACAGCCUGAAAUCUAAGGAGACUGCGAAGCAAACUCACCGUACUGGCUAUCGCCGCGUGCGGGUGGGCAUGAGCGACUUGCACUCUAGCAUCAAGGAUGGGUGUUUAAUGUGA